AUGACGGACACAUCAAUCCGCACCUCAAACUCAGACCCAGACCCAGACGCAAUCAGAAAAUCAGAAACAGAGCAUCUCGAGAAUGACGCCAUAAACCCACGCUGGACACCUGGAUAUGGUCCCUUGUCACGCAUCCCCACAGACAAUUCCUAUCUGCCAGCCUUUGGAGGAGCUUUUCAACCUGGUCUCUACAAAGCUCCAGAUAGAGGAUUUGCAAACCCUGCUCCGUUGGGUCUGGCAGGUUUUGCUCUGACGACUUUUUUGCUGAGUUUGAUCAAUUUGGGGGCGCAAGGAGCGGCGACGCCUAAUAUUAUUGUUGGACCUGCUUUUGCGUAUGGUGGAUUGAUUCAGAUACUGGCUGGCAUGUGGGAGAUGGCUGUGGGCAACACCUUUGGUGCUACAGCUUUGACAUCCUAUGGAGGCUUCUGGAUCGGGCUAGGCAUAAUCUUCACACCUGGAGGAUUUGAGAUCGCUUCUGCAUAUGGUGGUGCAACAACAAAUUUCUAUACCGCAGUAGGCUUUUACCUUUACGGCUGGUUCAUCUUCACCUUCAUCCUCUGGCUGCUGACUCUAAAAUCCACCGUGGCCUUCUCCUCCCUCUUCCUCACCGUAUGGCUCACCUUCCUCAUGCUAGCCACAGCCUACAUGUAUACAACCACGACCAACGGAGUCACCACACCAAACCACUCUUUGAACUUGGCAGGAGGUGCUUUUGGUAUCGUGGCUGCAUUUAUCGCUUGGUGGAAUAUGUUGGCUGGUAUUGCGGAUAGAGGAAACAGUUUCUUUUUGGUGCCGGUGUUGCAUUUCCCUUGGAGUGAUAAGGGGAGACAGAGGAGAAGGGAAAAGGCGGAGAGUUUGAGGGAUGUAGAGAAGGGGGAUUGA